CAAAUUUUUUAUCUCUGUCAAACGUGAACUUUUAAUCUCUAGCUCAAAACAAUUAUUUUGCGAAGAAAAACGGUAAUUUAUAACUAAAAAGAUCAUUAAAACAUAAAAUUUGAUUAAAACUUCCUAUUUAUAUUAACAUAAAUACUUUAAUACAAUGUCACAAAGUAUGGCUUUGGCUUCUUUAACAGCUACAUAUACAGAUUCAGAAGGUGAAGAUGAAGCAAACGAUGAUAACGAAAACACUGGUUCGGUAACAGUUCAUUCUAAUUCACCCGAUACUAAAUCAACCCCCACAUCUCGUCCUGGAUCACCUGUGCAGGCGAAAAUAACUAGUAAAGUUUCUAGAUUGGUAUCUUAUCAUGAUGACACAAUUGUUUCGGAUGAUGAUGCUGAACCGAAUACAGAAAGGGAACCUGAAACGAUGGUAAUUAUCGAAAACGAAACUCCUCCCAUAGUCGAAACAGAAACUAUAGAUGAAGAAGGUGUUAAUAUUCCACCUGAACCACCCGGACAUUGUUCUGCUGAGAUACAAGAAAAAAUUUUAAGGUUACACGAUAGAAUGCAAAGUGAGGGAUUGGACAUGAAUAUGAUUAUACAGCAAAAAAAGAAUUUUAGAAAUCCUAGUAUUUAUGAAAAAUUAAUUCAAUUUUGUUCAAUAAACGAAUUAGGAACUAAUUAUCCCCCGGUUAUUUAUGACCCAUCGAAAUGGAGCAAAGAAAGUUAUUAUGAAGAAUUAUCAAAAGUACAAAAAACCGAGAUGGAAAAACGCGAAAAAGAAAGAAAAACUAAAGUGGAAGUCGUUUCGGGAACGAAAAAGCAAGAAGAAGAAGCUAAAAAGCGAAAGAGCAAAUGGGACCAACCUGGUGGAAAUUCUAUUAAUUCACACAUAAAACCUGCCGGAUUAGUUCAACCUUCCUUGACAAACACUGCAACAGGCACUAAAGCAACUGUAAUAUCAGCUUUCGGAUCUUUACCUAAAAAACCUAGAGCAUAAUUUUUUAAUUAAUUAUCUUUUCCUCAUUUUUUUUUUAAUUAAGAUGUAAAUAAGUUGAUGUAAAAUUAUA